AUGUCCACAGAUAAGGUACCGAGUCUUAGACACCAAGUGAGGGUUAAAGUCGGGCUCAUAGGCGAUGCCCAGGUUGGCAAAACGUCAUUGAUGGUGAAGUACGUCCAAAAUGUGUUUGACGAAGAGUAUACGCAGACUUUAGGGGUUCAUUAUCUCGAGAGGAAAGUAGUACUGGGCUCGACAGAUGUGAUAUUCUCCAUUAUGGAUCUUGGAGGACAGAGAGAGUUCAUUAACAUGCUGCCGCUUGUUUCCGAGGGGGCAGUGGCCAUAGUCUUUUUGUUUGAUCUGACACGUCCCGAAACGCUGAAUUCGAUUAAGGAAUGGUAUCGUCAAGCAAGAGGAUUUAACGAGACGGCUAUAUCGAUUCUUGUGGGGACAAAGUACGAUCUGUUCGUAGAAAUGGAUUCUAAGUACCAGGAAGAAGUCUCUAGAACUGCCAUGAAAUACGCACAGGUGAUGAAGUCGCCCCUAAUAUUUAGCUCCACGCAAUCGUCGAUUAAUGUUCAAAAAAUCUUCAAAGUCGUGAUAGCAAAGGCUUUCAAUCUAACGUUGAAAGUCCCGGAAUAUAAGCAGAUUGGCGAGCCACUGCUGAUAUACAAAUCGCUUGGGCCCACGCGACCUCCAUCGCCAAAUAAGCGACAGGUACACACUCCCCCACCAUCCUCUUGA